AUGAGUAUUUGCCAACGUGCUGAGCUCUGGACAAAUCGCGAGAGAGUUCUCGUUUUGUGCUCUCGCGGAGCCGAUGUUCGUACUCGUUACCUGAUGAAAGAUAUCAAGGAUCUGUUGCCUCACGCGAAGGGAGACUCGAAACUGGAUCAACAGAAAUCACUGAAAGCACUCAACGAGAUUGCUGAAAUGAAGAAUUGCACGAAAGUGAUGUAUUUCGAGAGCAGAAAGAGAAAAGACACGUAUCUUUGGAUGUCGAAUGUGGAGAAGGGACCGUCGAUCAAGUUUCUCGUUCACAAUGUCCACACGAUGAAAGAACUGAAAAUGUCUGGAAAUUGUUUGAAGGCGUCGAGACCCGUGUUGUCGUUCGACGAUGCGUUCGAGCAGAAACCACACUUGAAAUUGAUCAAGGAGGUUCUUAUGCAGACGCUCGGCACCCCACACCACCAUCCACGCAGUCAACCAUUCGUCGAUCACGUCUUCAAUUUCUCCGUCGGAGAGGGCGACAAAAUCUGGUUUCGUAACUUCCAGAUCGUCGACGAGAGUCUUCAGUUGCAGGAAGUUGGACCGCGUUUCGUGCUUGAAAUGGUCCGUCUGUUCGCCGGUUCAUUCGAGGGAGCCGUCCUCUACGACAACCCGAAUUACGUGUCUCCAAAUGUGAUCCGUCGUGAGCAUCGCAAGGGACAACACGCCUACAUUGAGAAACAGUUGGCACUGAAGGCGUCGAAUAUCAAACAAGCGAAAGUCACUGAGAUUCUCGCUGAGAAGACGGUCGAUUUGAUUGGAAAGCUAUCAGCAGUCCACAUCUCUUACAAAUUCGCUCCACCGCAAACGAGAGCGACCGAACUUUUCAACAUUUUUGAUCUAUUAUCGGUGUUUUUCAAAUUAGCAAUGUACGCUUCUUACAACCGCGCUCUACCGAAACCGGAGAAAAUUGUGUGGGAACUUGAGAGAUUCAGAGAAAAAGAGACAUUUUCCAAGGAAUUCGACACUCAAGACAACGCGAUCGCCGAUUCGACGGAAGCGGCCGCCCAGAUCGCGGCUCAAAUCGAGAAGCGUCGUGUCCGCAAGAAGAAGUCUCAAUCUGCCAAGUACACUGGAUCCGAUUAA